GUAAACAUUUAAUUAAAAUUCAGAUUAGAAACACAUUAAUGGAUUAUGCCAGUCUUUUAGUAAAUGAGCUAUAUGUAGUUGUUAACUUCUUUGCGAGUUUAGCAGUUUUUCAAUUUUCGAGAACAUGGCACUAGACGAUUUUAUGGAGGAUGCAUUUGCAGAAGCACGUCUAGCGCUGUCCGCCGGUGAGGUACCCGUGGGUUGUGUUUUCAUUUACAAUGGUACAAUUAUAGCACGUGGUGGUAAUCAAGUUAAUGCCACAAAAAACGCCACACGUCAUGCUGAAUUCAUCUGCAUCGAUCAGGUUCUGAAAUAUUGCUCAACAAAUAAUUUAGAUUAUUCCAAAGUUUUUCCACAUAUUUCCGUAGUUGUUACAGUGGAGCCAUGUAUAAUGUGCUCCGCUGCUUUGCAUGAUCUAAGGGUGAAGGAAAUUAUUUAUGGUUGUGCCAAUGACCGUUUCGGCGGCAAGACAGUUGUUAACGUGCCACAAGUCGUGGGUCACUGUUUGAAUAUAAAAGGCGGUUUGAGAGCUGACGAGGCUAUGGAAUUGCUGAAAGAUUUCUAUAAGGGUGAAAAUCCCUCAGCACCAUUGGCGAAAAGUAAACGAUAAUUUAGUUCUACAUACAUAUAAAAAUUUAUUUUUGUCCAGGAACUAAACUAUACUUUUCUAACACACCUUCUAUUAAACUUUUUUGAUUUUCCUAAUUAAUUAAAGAAUUUUAUUUGUAAAAUUUAUUGGAAUUACUGUUUGAUAAAAUUUUAUCAAUCUUAAGAUUAUAUUCCAAAGCCGAAAUAUUCAUAAUAUUUUCACAGGGAUUACUAUUGAUUUGGGGUUGGUUCCAUGAAAAACGUUAAGAAUCCUUAGGAAAAUAGUCCACAUAAUAAAGGCAGAACCUUAGAUUGAUCCUUUAACGGAUUCUUAUCUCCAUAUCCAGGAAGUCUUAGGGUGUGAACCACACUAAACUAUCAAAAUGCAUGACGGUGGCCAUAAGCAAAAGGCUUAUAUAACCACCUAGGGACUUGAGAAGCACGGUAUUAAAUGUUUGGAUUGGCCCCAACAAUUAUCAAGACGGAACCGAACCGAAAAUUUUUAGAAUAUGCCAAAAUUUAACAUAAUAUGUGCCACAUAAUCUGGAAAAGCUUAAGAAGACAUUUGAAUAUACAUUUGAAAAAUAGGUUUAAUUUCUAACUGCCUUUUUGUUUGAG